UCCCCCAAAUUCUUCACACACAUUAGCUUACGUGGCAUAUCUAUAUCUAUACAUAUAAUAUAUAUCUAUAAUCUAUUUCCAUAUAAUAAUAAUAAUCUCUCGUUAGGUUUCUCAAUUUCAUCCUACAGUAAAAAAAAGAACCCUAAAGGAAUGUGAAGGAAUAAGGGAUGAAAGUAAAUAUAAAGGAUUGUUUGUUGGGAAGAAAUUAUAUGUUAUUUAUUGUUUUUUCUACUAGUGAUUUUUUGUUAGAAUGAAAGAUGUAUUUGUUGAUUUAAUUAUUAAGAAUACGAAUAGUAAGAGAUAUGGCGCAACAAUCUUCACGGCUCCAACGCUUGCUAACGUUACUCGAGACUGGAUCAACACAAGCCACAAGGUUCACUGCAGCUCGCCAGAUUGGAGAGAUUGCAAAAUUACAUCCUCAGGACUUGAGCUCUCUGCUACAUAAGGUCUCACAGUAUCUGCGUAGUAAAAACUGGGAUACAAGAGUUGCAGCUGCUCAUGCCAUUGGAGCAAUCGCCGGGUGUUUCAAGCAUUCUUCUGUGGCAGAACUCUACAAUCUUGUUGAGGCAAAGAUGAAGGAGGCUUGCAUAAGUUGUUCUGUUGAGGACGUGGUUUUGUGGCCGAAGUCUCAAUCCAAAACAAGUGAAAGCUCUUCAUUCCAGAGAUUUGAACUUACUAAAGUGCUGGAAUUUGGUGCUCUCUUGGCAUCUGGGGGACAGGAGUUUGAACUUGCAAGUGAUUUUUCCAACAACCCAAAAGAAAGAUUGGCCAAGCAAAAGCAAAAUCUAAAAAGGCGGCUAGGGAUGGAUGUUUGUGAGCAAUUCAUGGAUGUAAAUGAUAUGAUAAGAGAUGAAGAUCUUAUGGUGCAUAAAACAAACUCCGUUGGAAGCAGCAUACCUCCUCAGUUUUACCUGCAAAGAAACGGACAUAACGUUCAGCAGUUUGUUGUAGAUAUGGUGCCUGGUUACAGACCAAGGAGACCAAGUGCCCGUGAACGAAAUCUCCUGAAACGAAAAGCCAAAAUUAAUUUAAAAGACCAAACGAAAGGUUGGUCUAAAGAUGGAGAGCCGGAUGUUUCUAACACUAAAGAGUUAAUUUCGCCAAAAGGCAUUUCUCCAGAUUUCCCAAAUACCAAUUCGGCAUUUCAGGAUGCUAUUCCUGAUGAAAACGGAUUUGAGCAUGAUAAGGAUGGAAUGUGGCCUUUCCAUAAUAUCGUCGAACAACUUAUACUUGAUAUCUUUGACCCUGUUUGGGAAGUGCGGCAUGGCAGUGUCAUGGCUUUACGGGAAAUCUUGACACAUCAAGGUGGCUGUGCUGGGGUUGUUAUGUCAGACAACAGUCCGGAUGGCAUAUUACUAACUGAAUCAGAAGAUAAAGUGAAUAGUGCAGUGAAGAGAGAACGGGAAAUCGAUUUGAAUAUGCAAAUUAUAACAGAAGGAACCGAGCCAGACCUCAAGAGGCUUAAGUCUGAAGAUGUUUCAUUUGACCCGGUUCUUGAAUCGGUCCCUGCCAGUGCAGAUGCUAACUGUGGUUCCAGUAAGAUGGUUGCAGAUGCUGGAUGCAAUCCGUCUGUCGAACAAACAAAUGGUGAAAUAGUUGUAGGAUCUGUUAAAGUUGAGCCCCAAAUAUGUAUGGACAGUGUAUGUUACCCAUCUACAGAAGCUGUUGAUGCGUCGGUGGUUGCAAAUUUUCGUGAUAAUAAAGAUUUGGUAGAUAAGAUAGAUAUAGUGGAAGGUCUAAGCGGAAAUAAUGAGCUGGUCAACUUGAUUAAGAGAGCUAGGAUUUCUUCAGUCAAAAACUCAGAACUUCUUCAGGAUUGUGGAAUUCGUUUCUUGUGUGUCCUGUCACUUGAUCGUUUUGGAGACUAUGUGUCUGAUCAGGUUGUUGCUCCAGUCCGUGAAACAUGUGCACAGGCUUUAGGAGCUGUGCUCAAGUAUAUGCCUCCUUUGUUAGUUCAUGAGACACUGAAUAUCUUGCUGAAAAUGCAGCGUAGACCAGAAUGGGAAAUUCGCCAUGGCAGUCUUUUGGGUAUCAAAUAUUUGGUGGCUGUGCGUCAGGAGAUGCUUCCUGAUUUGCUUAGCCGUGUGCUUCCUGCUUGCAAAGCAGGUCUAGAAGACCCGGAUGAUGAUGUAAGAGCAGUUGCUGCAGAUGCCUUAAUUCCUACUGCAUCCUCUGUUGUUUCACUUAGUUGGGCUAUGUUGCAUUCUAUAGUGAUGUUACUAUGGGAUAUCUUGCUUGAUUUGGACGAUUUGAGCCCAUCUACUAGCAGUGUAAUGAAUCUACUAGCAGAAAUAUAUUCUCAGGAAGCGAUGAUUACUAGAAUGUUCUCAGCCAAAGAGCUUAAAGGAAAACAAGGAUUUGAUCUAAAUGAGAUUGUUUCAGCUGAUGAUUAUGCACGCUGUGUGAAUUCUCAAGAAAAUCCUUACAUGUUGUCAACAUUAGCUCCAAGAUUGUGGCCAUUUAUGAGACACAGUAUCACAUCUGUUCGUUAUUCAGCCAUUCGAACAUUGGAGCGCCUGCUUGAAGCUGAACAGAGAAGGAGUAUAUCUGAAUCUUCUGGCUCCUUUUGGCCUUCUUUCAUACUUGUUGAUACUCUCAGAAUUGUUUUCCAAAAUCUACUGCUCGAAUCAAAUCAGGAAAUUCUACAGUGCUCAGAGAGGGUCUGGAGACUGCUUCUUGAGUGCCCAGUGAGAGAUUUAGUAGCUGCUGCAAACUCAUACAUGGCAUCAUGGCUAGAGCUUAUAACUACUCCAUAUGGAUCGCCACUGGAUGCUACAAAAAUGUUUUGGCCUCUUGCACUACCCCGUAAAAGUCAAUUCAAAGCUGCAGCAAAAAUGAGAGCUGUCAAACUUGAAAACGGAAUGUACACUCAUGUGGUGUCAGAUUCGGCAGAGGGAACUUUUCUGCAUGAUAGAAAUGGAGAUUCUUCUAUUAAUCCUGCUAAAAUAGUAGUAGGUGCAGAUAGUGAAAUGUCAGUUACAAAUACUCGAAUAGUUACAUCUACAGCAUUGGGAAUUUUAGCAUCCAAGCUGCAUGAGGUGCCUGAUCAGUAUGUUUUUGAUCCGUUAUGGAAAGCUAUUACCUCUUUGUCUGGAGUUCAACGGCAGGUGGCAUCACUGGUUCUUGUUUCUUGGUUUAAGGAGAUGAAAAACAGAGGCUUUUCUGAAAGCAAAGGGCUCAGUUCUAGCAACUAUGAUACCUUGAAGAACAGGUUGCUGGAGCUGCUUACAUGUACGGAUCCAGCAUUCCCUACAAAAAGUUCACGUCUUCCUUACGCUGAACUUUCAAGAACCUAUGAUAAAAUGCGGAAUGAGGCAUCUCAGCUUGUUAAUGUUCUUGAAUCAUUGGGCAUGUCUAUUCCCAUGGAUGUGGAGAAUUUGACUCCUGAUGAUGCAGUGGCAUUUGUAUCAAAGUUGCAAGUGCCGACUGGUGAUGGAGCCGCUGGGGAAGAUUCAGCUGGGAGGGACAGUUUUACCGAAGCAGAGUCUAUAAAGCAGAGGCUUUUGACCACUUCCGGCUACUUGAAAUGUGUCCAGAGCAAUUUGCAUGUUACUGUAACGUCUUUGGUUGCGGCGGCAGUUGUCUGGAUGUCUGAGCUUCCAGCAAAGCUUACACCGAUAAUAUUACCAUUAAUGGCCUCAAUCAGGAGAGAACAGGAGGAGGUGCUACAAAAUAUGGCUGCUGAGGCCCUGGCAGAGCUAAUUUAUCAUUGUGUUCUUCGUAAGCCUAGUCCAAAUGACAAAUUAAUUCAAAAAUUAUGUGGUUUAGUAUGCAUGGAUCAUUCUGAAACUCCCCAAGCUGGAACAUUGAAGUCGAUUGAAAUCAUUGAAGAACAAGAUCAUCUUCCAUUCGGAACUAAUUCUACUAAGACAAAACCCAAGGUUCAUAUGCUUGGUGGUGAAGACAGAUCAAAAGUUGAGGGGUUUAUUUGUAGGCGAGGAUCAGAAUAUGCUUUAAAACAUUUAUGUAAUAAAUUCGGUCCUUCAUUAUUUGAGAAGCUUCCUAAGUUAUGGGAUUGUCUCACUGAAGUAUUAAAGCCUGUGACUUUAGGAGAUGAAGGGCAUGCCAGUCAAACCCUAGAUCUCAAAAUAGACCCUCAAGUUUUAAUAAAUAAUAUACAAUUGGUUCGGUCCAUUGGUCCUUUACUAGAUGAGACAUUGAGGACCAUGUUAAUGUCCCUCCUCCCGUACAUCUUUUGCUGUGUUCGCCAUCCUCAUGUUGCUGUUAGAUUAGCUGCUUCAAAGUGUAUCACAUCAAUGGCUAGGUCAAUGACAGUCAAUAUUAUGGGACCUCUUAUUGAAAAUGUAAUACCAAUGUUGGGUGAUAUGACCUCUGUUAAUGCUAGACAAGGAGCGGGGAUACUAAUGAGUUUGCUGGUCCAGGGUCUUGGCAACGACCUGGUCCCGUAUGCUAGUUUGUUAGUCGUGCCUCUUUUAAGGUGUAUGAGUGACUGUGAUCACUCGGUUAGACAGAGCGUGACUCAUAGCUUUGCUGCCCUUGUACCCCUUCUUCCACUGGCCCGUGGUGUCCCCCUUCCUGAUGGUUUAAGUGAAAACUUGUCCAAACGUACCGAUGAUGCAGAGUUCUUGGAGCAACUCGUUGAUAACUCACAUAUCAAUGAUUACAAUAUUCCGACUGAGUUGAAAGUGACCCUGAGAAGGUAUCAGCAGGAGGGCAUAAACUGGUUGGCCUUUUUAAAGCGGUUUAACCUUCAUGGAAUUUUAUGUGAUGAUAUGGGCCUUGGUAAAACUCUACAAGCAUCAGCAAUUGUGGCAUCUGACAUUGUAGAGCGCCGGGCUUCGGAUAAAAGCGAUAACACCCCAUCAUUAAUUAUUUGUCCAUCUACUCUUGUUGGACACUGGGUGUAUGAGAUAGAAAAGUUCAUUGACGCAUCUGUUAUAACUACACUCCAGUAUGUUGGUUCUUCCCAAGAUCGUGUCACACUCCGUUCCGAAUUUCAGAAAUAUAAUGUGAUUGUAACAUCUUAUGAUGUCAUUCGUAAAGAUAUCGAGCAUCUUAGACAGUUGUUAUGGAACUAUUGUAUUUUGGAUGAAGGGCAUAUAAUUAAGAAUGCAAAAUCUAAAAUUACUUGUGCUGUGAAACAGCUGAAGGCUCAACAUCGUCUUAUAUUAAGUGGAACACCAAUUCAGAACAAUGUCUUGGAACUAUGGUCUCUUUUUGAUUUCUUGAUGCCCGGAUUUCUUGGAACUGAGAGACUUUUCCAAGCAACUUACGGGAAACCACUAGUAGCUGCUCGUGAUUCUAAAUGUUCAGCAAAGGAUGCUGAAGCAGGCGUACUUGCCAUGGAAGCAUUGCACAAACAGGUUAUGCCUUUUCUCCUGCGGCGUACGAAGGAUCAGGUUUUGACGGAUCUGCCCGAGAAAAUAAUUCAGGAUAGAUACUGUGACCUGAGUCCUGUUCAACUUAAACUUUAUGAGCAGUUUUCAGGUUCUCAUGUGAAAAAUGAAAUAUCCAGUAUGGUCCAAUCAAAUGAGACAGAAUCAGGGGAAAGAGAAGGAAAGGAUACAUCCAAAACAUCUUCCCAUGUGUUCCAGGCACUUCAAUUUUUACUGAAACUCUGCAGUCAUCCUUUACUUGUCCUUGGUGGAAAGAUUCAAGAUUCACUUCCCCGUCUUUUGCCUGAUCUGUUCGCGUCAAGUUCCGAUGCUACCUCCGAACUCCAUAAACUGCACCACUCUCCAAAGUUAGUUGCUCUUCAGGAAAUUUUGGAAGAAUGUGGCAUAGGUGUUGAGGGCUCGGGUUCUGAAGGCUCUGUCAGUGUUGGUCAGCAUCGAGUAUUGAUAUUUGCACAACAUAAGGCCCUACUGGACAUUAUCGAGAACGACUUGUUUCAUGUCCAUAUGAAAAAUGUUACCUACUUAAGGUUAGAUGGAUCAGUUGAAUCAGAAAAGCGCUUUGACAUUGUUAAAUCUUUCAAUUCAGACCCUACAAUCGAUGUUUUGCUCUUGACAACGCAUGUUGGCGGUCUUGGUUUGAAUUUGACGUCAGCUGAUACCCUAGUUUUCAUGGAGCAUGAUUGGAAUCCAAUGCGUGACCUUCAGGCGAUGGAUAGAGCACAUAGGUUGGGUCAGCGGAAGGUCGUUAAUGUUCAUCGUCUUAUAAUGAGAGGAACUUUGGAAGAGAAAGUAAUGAGCCUCCAAAAAUUCAAAGUCUCCAUAGCCAAUGCUGUUAUCAAUGCAGAAAAUGCAAGUCUCAAAACAAUGAACACCGAUCAAUUACUUGACCUAUUUACCCCAGCUGAUACUAAAAAGGGUGUGUCCACUUCAAAGAGUUCUGAAAACAAUGACGGACUAACAAAGAUACCAGGUAGUGGUAAAGGGCUAAAAGCCAUACUUGGUGGACUUGAGGAGCUUUGGGAUCAAUCACAGUACACUGAAGAAUAUAAUUUGAACCAAUUUUUAGCCAAGUUGAAUGCCUGAUGGGUAAAAAGGGAAACAUUCAAGAUAAAUCAUUUUGUCAUCAAAUGAGCCAGUUUUUGGAGCAAGUCCUUACGGAAAUGGGGAAAGGAUAACAGCCUCUGUACAGUUCACAAUUUUUUGAGCCAAAGCUCGUGAUUUUGACAGUUUUUGGUAGCUCUUUUUCACCUUUUGAAUAUCCUUUUUUUCCAUUAGCCUCUUUUGUUUAGCAGUUAUGUGGUAUAGAGUAAGAUUAGAGAGUAAGGAUUAGAGAGUAACUGAACGAACCAGAGGAUGAUAUUGUAACAAUUAGCCUCUGUUUUGAGUGAGGGCAAAAUACAUGACUAACUGAUCUUCAUGUUUUGUAGCCAGUUUCUUUGUUACAAACAAUAUAUGAAUUUGCCAUAGAUUAUGGCCUCAUUGCAUAAAAUUGUUGCUUUUUCUUUUC